GCAACCGCAGCUGAAUUGUUCUGCAGUAGCCUAAACGUGUUUUGAUGCUGCUGGUACAGCGCGAGCUCUAUCGCAUCCUGCUCUCAUUCAUCUCAUUAGUUUGCGUGAAUGUGAUGCGUUUGAUACACAAUAGUUACUAGCAUCCAGCUGCAAACGGUGGUAGUGUAACACUAACGUGGAUACAAAGGCUGGAACAUAGCGAGCCUUCUCCGUGAACGCCGCAAGUGUUGCUUUUACUGGUUCGACUUCUACUUUGCUUUUCUGUCUUAGCAUUAAAAAAGCUAGUCCUGCAGAUUUGUGCAGCAGUUCUACGGGUUUUACGACUGAUUCUUGGCGGCGAUGUGCUACAAGACGUUCAAGUUGCAUCUGUUUGUCACUAAGUGUCUAUUCGGAAGACCUGCUGCACGAGAUCUGGAUGAGAAAUGAAACAUUUGUGCACUGGGCCUGGAUGCUCUUACCAGCACACCCCACUUCCGCCAUGACACCCAGCAGAGGAUUCUGGGAUUGACGCAAGCAUCACUCCCACUGAUGGCCUGGACCAGGUUUCAGCUGGCCUGCUGAAGCUAUGGGGAGCUGCUGGAGCUGUCUAUACAGAGACGCUAUCCAAGACAACCAUCUCAACAAAUUCAAGGUGACUAAUGUGGACGAUGAGGGAAAUGAGUUGGGCUCAGGAACCAUGGAGCUCACACAGACAGAGCUCAUUCUGCACACACGCAAACGUGACGCCAUUCGGUGGCCAUACCUUUGCCUGCGUCGGUACGGUUACGAUUCCAACCUCUUCUCUUUCGAGAGUGGCCGUCGUUGUCAGACAGGACAAGGGAUCUUUGCAUUCAAGUGCUCUCGUGCAGAAGAGAUCUUCAACCUGCUGCAGGAGUUGAUGCAAUGUAACAGCAUCAAUGUGGUGGAAGAGCCCAUGAUCAUGACCCGACCCGGGCACGCACCAGAAAUGGACAUGCCUCGAACUCCACAGACACCCAAUACCCCUGCAUUCCCGAUGCAGGGUUUUCCUAAUGGAUACCCAGGAUACCCAAUCAGUGCAGACUCAUCGCAGCCCUCUCUCACCAACGACCACAGACACAGCCUCAUGGGACUGGAUGACCAAACCCAUACAUAUGUGAAUACAGUGGGAAUGGAAACUGACCUCUCGAGCCGCCACUGUGUCCACUCCCUGCCCGAAGUGCGGCCCACCACCUACCCGGAAACCUCAACGACCACCACCAUACGUGGGGGCCCAGUCCCAGGCCAACCCAGCUUGCACUGCUGCCCCAUGGACGACCCUCACAAAGACCCUCAGGUCUUCCUCCAACCUGGAGCCCAGGAGGUGAAGUUCAUGUUGGGUCCGACCCCAGCACAGCGCCACCUGAUGGAGAGAGACAGAGACCGCCACGUCACUCACCCGCUUCGAGCACCGGACGGCAGCUCCGAAACAGAAGGAGAGGAGACUCCGUCCGUACACAUGUGCAACACACACUCCUAUCACCAUUGCCAUCAUCUAAUGCACCGACACCCGAGCAUGGAGCCUUGCUCAGAAAGCCAGCUGACAUAUGAGAAUAUCAACGGACUCCGAGGGGCACGUAGGCAAAGGCUAAGUCCGAGCACUGUGUCCCAAUCUCAGUCUUUGGGCUCCAGUAGCAGUAGCAGCACCACAGGUGAUUCCCGCACACACACGCAUCCACACUCCCUCCCGCUGACGCACACACACGCUUCCUCACUGCCUCCGCAAGCAUACGGCUGUGACCGGGGAAUGGGGGUCGGUGGUCAUCGGCGCACUGCGUUGCUCAACUAUGAGAACCUUCCGUCGCUCCCCCCGGUUUGGGAAUACCGUGCGCUUCAGCGUGAGGAAGAAGAGGAUCAGGAUGAAGAUGAGGAUGAGGACGAGUAUGAGGAGGAAGAGGAAGAAGAAUAUGAUGAGUACGAGUAUUCCGAAGGGCCCGCAACCCCAAACGGAUAUCAUCAGGAGAGUGGCGGCGGCGGUGGGAUUCAUCGCGACGCUCUGCAGAACUAUGUCAACACUGAACAGCUACAGCCUCCAACACGUCUUCGUCACGCUUGCCCUCCUCCUCACCCUCACCCACCCGAGAGGGCCAAUCGGGUUUUCAACUUUGACUUCAGACGUCAGCGAGCGGGACGUGGCAGCACCACCUGCGAGCAGCAUAGCCGUCACCCGCCUCCUCCUCCCUCUCGCCAGCUCAACUACAUCCAGGUGGACCUGGAGGGUGAGCCCUCUGGUUGCUCGGGACACGGAGGAGGGGGUCCGGUACCACAGAGACCUCCUCCCCUCAAACGAGGCAUGGCUGCCGCCGCAGCGGCUCCAUCUUCCCGUCGUGGAGAAUGCUACGCCGUGAUUGACCUAAAGAAGACAGCAGCUAUGUCCAACCUACAGAAGGCUCUCCCUCGGGAUGACGGCACCUCACGGAAGACACGCCACAACAGCACCGACUUGCCUCUGUGAGAGGGGGAAAAAAGGGAUAAAGAGAGCUACAGGUAUGCCAGGAAUAAAAACGAGGGAAAAUGUUCAGGAGAGUUUUGGUGGUAUUUUCCUCCCACCAUUAUCGUAAAGCCUCUAUUUUCUCAUUUUCUACACUCAUACCAACUGCUGCUUGAUGAAAUAGUAACUCUGUUGAGCCAAGCACUGAGCAUUUUGUUUAUUUAUUUUUUUCUCACAUUUUGCGUGGGAAGGUUGGGAGAUGAUAGUGAACUAUUUAUCACCGUGGUUUUUGGUUGCUGUCUGGCCUUUGGGCCAAAGAAUUGGGUUUAGAAAAAAAAAAAAUACUUGAUUCAGGAAACUGUCUGCAGUGUUUCUAAGUUUCUAAGUGUCUUAAUCCUUUAUUUUAGUUUUUUCUUUUUUAUUUGUCAUGUUCGUUGGUUAUUUAAAGGGAUACUUCACCCAAAAAUGAAAGACAGCAAGACAAAUAGAUAACUAAAAAUAUAUAUAUAAUUUUGAGUGAGUAAGUGAGUAUCAGUAUAAAUAGAUGAUUUUGGGUGAACUAUUCUUUAAAUUUUUUUAGUCAGCAUAGUAUUUUGACACUUGAGCAGAACAGACUUGAAACCACCACAAGUGUUUCAUAAGAUACUCCAGCAGUCUCUCUCAUGUUGUCUGUUUCAGUUCCCAUAUAGCUAUGUGGUGGCUGCAACAAGGACGAAGAGAAUAAACCGUUCCGUUUUUGAACGCCUAUUGAAUCUCCUAUCCUCAGGAAUUGAUUUGAUCAAUUCAGUUUGCACUUAUCUUUCUUAAAUUGUAACUGCCUCCCCUAAUUUCAUAAUUCCCCACUAAGGCGUGGUAAAAUAAAGUUUACCCAAUUAAAAGUAAUUAUUCAGAAUGCGAUCCAUAGUAUCUUUAUGGGUUCUUGGUGGUUUUGAGAUGGAGAAUUCUGUUUUAAAGUGCUCUGUUUUGAGUGCUAAGAUCCAGACUUCGUCCCAGCAAAACACAUGGAAAGGGAGGCAAAUUCUGAUCCAAAAAUGAGCUUAUUUUGUUCAGUAUCUGCUCAAGCUUUAGCUAUUAGCACCAUUUUCAGUCCUUUUUUAUUUAGCUAUUUCUGUCUAUUUUCCUAUUUUUGUUUUUCACUCUCCCCAAAAUUGAGUCUUUACUUAAGGGGCAAAAGAAGAGAGAAAUAUAAAGCAUUCAUUUGCAUUGAAAAAUAAAUAUUUUCAAUUAUAAACACAAAAAAUAGGGUAUUUGUAGAUAGUUCAAGUAGAAAGUAAGAUACAAUAAAAACGACUAUUCUCACAUCCCCAAAGUGAUAAUAUACAGUAUCUGAGAGUGACAAUUCUCUGUGAAUCCAAGAGUGUAUUUAUGUACAUCUAUGUUUUGUAAAGCUACGUAAAGCACCAUAUGCAUAUUCAGAGGUAAGAAUGUUAAUUAUUUUUUUAUAUCUUAAAAAAAUAUCAUGCCAGGACUCAUUAGGCAAAACAUAUUUAUUUAAUUUAGAAUUAUUUAUCUAGCUCGCUGUCUGUCGGUUUAUUUAUUAAUUAAUUUAUUGUUUCGUAUUUGAAUUAUUUGUACAAGUAGAUAACAUGUUGUUAGAUUAGUCAUUUUAGAGAUACCAAAGGUGGUUUGGGAGACCACAGAAUCUACCUUGGUAUUAUUUAAUGUCUUUUUUAAACUGCAGUUUCAUGUUGAAUAUUUGUAUUUGAACAUAUUGUGCCAAAAAUAUAAUGAUAUCACUGAACUAUGUGCCAUUGGUAAAUGUUGAAUUUUAGGGCUAACAAUCAGCAACAUGUAAAACAUAAAUGCAGCUGUUUCCUUACAAUUACAUCAUGAUCAGUUCAGGACUUUAUAAUGUUUUGUCUACAAGUACACUAAAAAACCCGACUUGUCAGUGUAUUCCCGAUGAAAUCCCAUUGUCUUUAUCCAAAUUAGCUAAAAGAGAUAUUUUAUAGUCUCUAACAUUACUGCUGUUUUUCAUUGGAAUUUCAUAAAUCAACUAUUUUUAUAACACAGUUGGUGUUCUAAAAUGGAUAUACAUCUUUUUUUUUCAUUUUUUUUUUUCAGUUUUCACAUUUGCUGUCUUAUUUAUGGUUGUUAACACAGCCCUAAAAAUGAAUUUCUUUCUCACCAACAAUACUGAUGUAGCUAUACAUUUCUGAAGUUAUGAAAAUUUUGCUAGGGACCUCCAAGAGCUGAGGUUUUUAUCUUACUUGCUGGGCAUGGACGUAGACCCAGUUUUUCAAAAUCUCACUGGCAGCCAUAUUGUUCUGAGCGCAGGGCUUUGUGGGCCUUACUUAUCGUACAUUAUUAGCAAAAAGUUGAUCGUAACAGAUAACUUCGAAAAAAUAUAUAUAUAACGUGAGAUGAGCUGUACUUAACGGAAACCAUGUGCUGAACAACAUCACAGUAGAUUUAAAUGUUCUGCGAGAAGCCAUAAUUGAAAGAAACUAUUUUAAGGGUCAGGUAUCUUGUUUUUUAAGGAAAAUGUUUAGAGUAAUAAAUGUGAUUUAUUUUUUUAUCACCAAAAUGUUUCAAAUUUCAAACUAUUUUAAAAAUAUGAAAAGAACUGAUUUAAAGAUUAUAUGCUACAUCGUUGUGAUGUUUUUAUUUCGAGAGCCUUGCAGUUCAAUACAAUAUUGCUGCCAAAUAAGAAAUCCAAAUAAAAUCAACAUAUUACACUCACAAUCACAAUUACAUAGACUUAUGUACUUUAAGAAUGCGAUGAUGAACUAUUUGGACACUUUUAGACACUUUUCAGAGGAUCGAUCUAGUUUUUAACAUCUAUAUUUUGGUAUUGUGGUAUGAUAAACAUUUUGCAAUAACAGCUAAUGGAGUCAUAUCAGAAUUUGUUUGAGUUGUUCAAGAACAUGUUCUGUGAUACAAGUCACAGCUGUGUCUGUGUGCAUUCAGAAAGGACUGGAUCAGCAGUGGGUUUACUGUCUUUCUCAGGCCUCAUCUUGAUAAACAUGCGCUCUAUGUGUAUUUAAACCAGGCUUGAGGAAAAAAAAUCUAGUCAUCUUGUCUGUAGGUGUGGGAUCAUAGAAAACCUGAUUGUGCCAUAAGUGAUUUUCGUCCACUCUUUUAAAAUAACGUGUAGCUAUAGUGGAAUUUUAAAGGUACAGUAGCACUACUAACUAGAAUCCUGUGUUGACUUUGAUCGCGUGGGGCCGCUUUGGAGUGUAAAUGCUUGUUUUGUUGCUUUGUUGAUUUGUUUUAUGUUUUUAUACCUUCCAUACACAUCAUUAAUUUCGUUCAUGAUCAGGGGAAAUCAGCACUUGAGUUAAAUGUUAGACCCAGGUUAACUGCACUGAAAUUGUAAUGGGGUGAGCAAUCAUCUGAAAGUACUGUAAAUCCCUGUGUGAAAUCAUGAUUUUUCCAAAUUUACCGAGAAGUAUAAUCACUGAAUAAACGGGAAAUAGUUUAACCCUUUGUUUCCAUGAAAACAACAUUGAACCUCUUAGUUACGGAAUACCACCGCUCAUCGGCUGAUCGUAAUUCAGUUCCUCAUCUAAACCUGGGAUGGUAUUCCACUUGAAGAGGGUUUUGCAGUGACCUUAUCGAAUGACCUGUCCCAUUGGCGGUAGACUUACAUUGUCAUAAUAAAGCUUAGGCGAAGCUCAAUGACUGUGAUGUACUGUACAUUAAUGUGAAUGUGUCUCAAAUGUGUCAGAGUUAAAGAGAGAGGGAGAAAGAGAGCUGCCCGUGCAUGGACUCUGCACCGGAGACUGCAUUUCUCAAGCUCCUCAAACUGUCUCGCUCUCAAACUGUCUCACUCUCUGUAUGAAUGUACCGCACAGAGAUGGACUUGUAAAAUGCUCAGAUGAGGUGAUUUACACUCAAUGUUUCUAUCCUCCCUGAUGAAAAGAUGUGUUAAUGUUAAUGUUUCGUCUCAAGAAUUCCGAUUUCAAUUCGAUUUUUUGAUUGUUUCUUUAUAUACAGUAUUUACAUUUUCUUGUAAGUAUGUAAUUCUGUGUAUGUACAUAACAUAUAUGGGUAUGCAGUUGCAGUCAGCUUCUCCUGUGUUCGUUUGUGUUGGCGCAACAGACACUAUACUUUUGCCACAGCCAUUUGUAGAAAGAGCAACGCCUUGACAGUCAUUCCAUUAGAUGGACAUUGCAGUCUCUAUAAACAGAUUGGAGAUCUUCUAUAGUCUGUUGAUGUUGCAGUCGCAACCCUUCCCCAUUCUUACAAUGCAAAGCAGGCAUGCCCCAUGUUGAAUGUUAUUUUCAGUCAUAUAAACUUUUGAAGAGAAAGGCUUGUAUAAUAAAAAUGAAUGUGAUUAAAUGUAAUGUCAACAUUAAAACUGGAAAUGUCA